CACUACACUACAUUAGUAUACACCUUUACACACCCCACCAACACUAACUAUACAGUACAUUUUCACACAUACCAAGCAACAUUACUCUACUACUACUACUUCCCUACUGGUCUCCUACAAGUAGCCUCCGACUAGUCCUCUAAUGGUCCUUGAGUAUUGGUGUAUUAUUUAUGUAGUAGUAUUGUUGAAUUAAUAUUGGUGUAGUAGUAUUGUUGUAUUAGUUGUGUAGCAGUGUUUGUGUAGUAGUAAUAGUAUAGUAGUUGUGUAGUAUUAGUUGUGUAGCAGUAUUGGAGAAUUAGUGUUGCUGUAGUAGUAUUUGUGUAUUAGUGUGUGCUAAAAUGUUUUUUUCGUGUCGUUAAAGUAACGCAUCCGCCACUGUCUUCAUGGCCUUCAUGUGGUUUCCUGUUUGGAGGCGGGACAGAGGGUGGCAGUAGCAUGUGAUUGGUCCAAAGAGAUGUGCAAGUGUUUGCGGCGGGAAAGGCAGGUGAGCAGGUGAUUGGCUGAGCAGAGGAGGAAGUGGGCGUGUAGGGGGGCACAAGAGAUGAGGCAUCAGAGGCGAGCAAGAAGACAUGUCUUUACUGUGCAGAUGAGCCUCUUCCCGCCCUUCCCACAGUAACAGGAAGUUAUCCAGUCACUUCCUGUGCACAUCGCAGCACCUUCAUGCAUGCAAGAUGGCCGCAUGAGACGCAUCUCUUGUGUUUGUGGCAGGUGCACCAUGGACGCCCCUCUGCUGGCCCCCCUGCUAACAGCGGUCGCCAUCUUGGUGUGCGGCGUGCUUCUGGCGCUGGUGUGUGUGGACUGCCUGAGGAACGGAACGCUGGUUUCCAUCCAGGAAGAGAACGCCACAGACGAGUACAUCCCCUCCAAUGAGUUCCGACUCGUCCGUCCACAUCUGCUGACAACCGGUGUGACCUCUGACCUGUUGUUACCUUUGGCUCGUUCUUCAAAUCCUGGAAGUCACCACGCCCGCCGAUCCGUGACGACACAAAGUGAAAGUAACGCCAGCUAUGAGAAUUCCCCUGAGGGACUGGAUGACCCACAAUGCUUUGCUGAGGACUACAUAAUUGUCUUGCCUGAAGACCAAGAUGCUUUGACCAAUCAGACCGCAGCGUCCACGCCCAGCUCAGGUGUCCCCCACGAAUACGUGAACGUGCUUGCAGAUGACAGAGAGUACCUGAAUGUGAUGCCGCCCCCAAGCGGAGAGACAUCGACAUCAUCCCAAAGCGAUGAAGAUGACGAAGGCGAGGGGAACUACGUCAACCAACCGAGUGUGAUGAGCCAGCCCGUUGCGUGAUGGGACGGAGAAGGCGGAGACGAGUGGUUCAUCAAUCACAGACUGAUCUUCAAAGAUUAAUCAAGGCUUUUUCCUCUUUUUUUUUUCCUGACAACUCCUGAGAAUGUUUUCACACUAUUUCGCUGACGUCCAUCCAAGCUUCAGCUUUGGAACGCUGGCGACUUCAAACGUGAUUCUUCAUCAACUCAUUAAACACACAUUCAUCGGUUGUUGGAGAGUUUUUCGAUAUUUGGGGACUUAAAAGUGAAUGCACAUAUUAAUCUGCAGUUUGUGUUGUCACUGAACAGCAGGGGGUGCUGCUGAGAGGCCCGCCCUGCCCCACAGCUCACACAAGCCUUCAGUGCACUGUCACCUCCCAGGCACGCUGAGAGCACAGUGAAUCGAGCGCUACGCAGCCAUGAAUCACGCAUGCACAAGGCGCGAUGCCACUGGGGUGGAUCCCGUCCUGUUUUACUUUACCUGUUUCUUAAUCUUCAUGAAAUGAGAUACUCAUUGUACUCAAGCCUCACUGGGACUUGCUCUACCUGUAAGUGUGUCAGAACGUG